AUGACAGCCCCUGUGUUUCUGGUCUCCGCUCAGUUUGUUGGAAGGCAGACAUUUCUACUCUUUCAAGACACUGAGGUCACGGGAUGGUCACGGGCUCUGGCCAAUUCCAGAAGUGCAUAUUCUUCCCUGAGGGAGCAUCUUUUGAGAUUUAUAGAAAAUCCAGACGAAGUCGGCUCUGCACAGGAUCCCUUGGAUGAUGACGAGACUUCCCCUUGGAAAACUAUGCGCCAAGAUGAGGAGAUAAGGGCAGAAAUAUAUCAGGAUGUUGAACGAUGUAUGCCGGAUGAAGAAUAUUUCCGCAAGCCUCGAACACAGCGUAUGUUAUUGGACAUAUUAUUCGUCUUCUGCAAGAUUAACCAAGAUGUUGGCUAUCGACAAGGCAUGCACGAGGUCCUCGCCCCGAUUUUAUGGGUGGUAGAACAAGAUGCUCUGAAUUCAACGAGCUAUGAUCAAUCAACAGAAUCUGAUGCAGAUACAUUGAUGAAGGAGGUCCUAGACCCGGUUUAUAUUGAGCACGAUGCUUUUACUCUCCUGUCACUGGUCAUGCGGUCGGCAAAGUCGUUCUAUGAGCUUGGUGAUCCGGAUCGCAAGUCAAAUAUCAUGUCGACAGCGACUGGAACUCCACAGCAAGCUGCUUCACCAAUUGUGGAAAGAAGUAGGCGGAUACAUGAAGUUUAUUUGGCAAGCCUGGAUCCAGAGCUUGCCAAGCACCUGACAGAUAUUGAGAUUCUCCCACAGAUAUUUUUAAUACGCUGGAUUAGACUCCUGUUUGGGCGCGAGUUUCCCUUCGACGAGUUAUUAACUAUGUGGGAUACGCUUUUUGCGGAAGAUCCAGCGUUAGAUCUUGUGGAUAUGGUUUGCGUGGCUAUGCUCCUACGGAUACGGUGGCAAUUGAUAGAAGCCAAUUACUCAAUUGCGUUGAUGCUUCUACUAAAAUACCCAUCCCCGAUAUCACCACAUGGGCCUCGAACAUUCGUGGACGAUGCCAUUUAUCUUCGAGAUAAUUUAAAUGUUGCCGGUGGCGCGCAAAUCAUUAGCAAGUACGGAGCAAAGCCUGUUCAGCUGCAAUCGCCGGCCUCCCAGCCUUCAACGCCAUCCGGCCGGCUUAGUCCAAGGCAAAGACUGCCCAGACAAAUUGCCUCACCAGCCAGAUUCUUGCAGCAACAAGGAGGAGUUGAAGCUCUUUUCCAGGAGGCGGCCAAGGGGGUUCUAGAGCGUGGAGAACGGCUUGGUAUUAACCAAGCUGUCAGAGACGCAGUUGGCGAGGUAAGAAAGAACAUGCAAGGGCUCCAAACUUCUAGGAGCAAUUCGACGCGGAGUAGAACCUCAGAGGGCGCGAGAUGGUCACUUGAUGAAGGACGGACAAUCCACCCUUCAAAAGCAAAUGUAUCCGCCAUGAACGCUCGGAAUCAACAAUUAGCCCUGAUGCUUGACGCAGCAAUGGCUGACCUGCGAGCUGUGUCUGUGUCGAAAGACAGCGACAAAGAGGCGUGUGUCAAAGCUAUGGAUUUGGCAAUUGCUAAGGUAGAUUUUGUCAAGAUAUACCUAGAGGAUUCAACGAUGCCUCUUCUCCCCGAUUCUCCGCAACUUUCUGCUACGAGUCCACCUCCUGCAUCGCCGCAACCGAUACUACAUGGAGCUGUGCCCGUCGCGGCUCCAAAGUUGGCCGACGUAUCAACCGCAGGUGCCAGAACUCAGAAAGCAUCCGCCGAUGAUCUAUUAGUAUCACCUGCCCUUACCCCAGAUCCGCUUUCAAGCGUGGAGAAUCAGACGAUUCAGAAAUCACAACAAGAAUUACCAGCAAGGCCAAAGGAGCCUGUGCCGACACGUUCAAGUAUAGCACAAUCUUCUUUCAGUUGGAUGCUGGAGCCCGAGAGACCUUCGAGUUUACAUAAAUCAUCACCUCCACAACCCCCUUCGCCGUUCCAAAAAUCUGGAAGGCGGCCUACCUCGGGGCCGGGACGCGAGAAAGCAGCAUUCCUCUUUGGGGAAGAUGGAGAGGGGUCCGGUAUGACGAGCGCCAGGUUACCUCCAUUAGGUGAUGGAGAGGAGGGGUUCCAUCUCGGGACAAUUGAACGUGGGGGCAAGCUCAAAUAG